AUGUCUACAAUCACUAGUAGUGCUAUCGCUACUGCGCAAGCCAAACGAUUUAGUGCUCGCUCACAAGUUAACAUGCGUAAGCGCGGUGGAAGUCAUGCGAUUAAUUUCGGCGGUGGAAGAACUAGUUUGUACAAACAAAUCUACCACAAUGGUGCUAAAAAUGGAGAAAUCAAUAUCAAUGAACAAUUUGUCCAUGCAUGUGAAAAUGGUGAUUAUAACACUGUGAAUCGCAUUCUCGAAGAAAAUUUAAAAUUUAAUAUUGACGUCACUGAUCAAUUAGGACGUACAUCGAUGCGAUUAGCGAUAGAAAAUGAACAUCUCGAAGUUGUUACUCUUCUCCUUGCGCAUUGUGAUGGCCAGAAAAUGCGUGAAGCUUUGCUAUUAGCAAUCUAUCUUGGUCAUACACAAAUAGCCGAAGCUUGUUUACGUCAUCCAAAGUUCAAAAACUUAAACGAGAAAAAAAUUUUCAAAGAUGGAGCUUUUUGGCAAACACCAUCAUCCGAUGAUGCACAAUUUGCACCGGAUAUAACACCGUUAAUCUUGGCUUCACAAUAUAACCGAACUGAAAUUGUUCAAUUAUUGUUACGUGAUGGUGAUCGAAUAACCAAACCUCAUGAUUAUCAUUGUAAAUGUCAAGAAUGUUUGAAUAAGUUUGAAUUUGAUUCGCUACGUCAUGCUCAAUCACGUUUGAAUGCCUAUCGUGGUUUAGCUAGUGAAAGUUAUAUUAGUUUAGCAUCCAUCGAUCCUAUUCUAACGGCAUUUGAACUCGGCCAUGAAUUGAGAGAUUUGUCUGGAAAAGAGAAAUAUUUUAAAAAUGAAUAUAUCAGUUUAGCUGAUCAUUUGAGUGCUUAUGCUGUGAAAUUAUUGGAUAAAGUUCGUGGUCACAAAGAACUGGAUUGUGUCUUGGGAAAGACAGGCAAAGAAACCGAAGAAAAAUAUGUUUUACUCGCACGGCUGUACCUUGCGAUUAAAUAUGAAGAAAAACCAUUCGUCGCUCAUUCGAAUUGUCAACAGAAACUAGUGGAAAUUUGGCACGGUGAUAUUCGUAACAUCUUCAAAUUAAAUCCUUUAAUCAUCUUUUUAUUGAUUCUGGGUUACAUAUUUGCCUUGCCAUUUGUUUGUAUAUGUUACAUAUUGACAUCAUCAACCCAACGAACCAUCAAAUUGCAAAAAUUUCUCAAACAACCGUGCAUCAAAUUUCUGGGUCAUACAAUUUCUUACGGAAUAUUUAUUAUCUUGAUUAUCCUGUCUAGUUUAUUAUUCGCCAACGAGUUUCAGAAGACAAUGAAAAGAUUGAGUGUGAAUUAUCCUGAUCUUGUCAAUUCCUUCGUUAAAUCGAAAAACAAUUGUGCAAUAUACAAUUCUUCAGCAUGCGAUUAUUUCCCUCAAAGUAACGAUUUCUAUUUUCGACAUAAUAGUCCAACGUGGAUUGAUAUUACGAUAACAAUCUUCAUCGUUGGUUUUCUUUGGCACGAAAUUAAACAAUGUUAUACAGAUGGGUUCAAGGAUUAUCUUCUUUCAUGGAAUAAUAUUGUGGAUUCGUGCAUGAAUAUCCUUUACUUAUCGUCAUUCGCGCUGAAAUAUUAUGUUUUUUACGAGGUGACAAAUGCUAUAAGUAUACUGAGCAGUAAUGGAUUUGGCUUACGAAUUGAAGGUGUUUAUAAUUUGACACAAGAAAAUCAAAAUGAUAUCUACCGAACAUUGUAUUGGUUGAAUGCAGAUCGUUUCUUUUGGAUUCCAUUUGAUCCUGUGAAUGUUGGUGAAGGAUUAUUUGCUAUUGCAAAUAUUUUUAGUUUUUCACGUAUUUGUUUUCUUCUGCCGGCAUUUCAACAUCUCGGACCUUUACAGAUUUCACUCGGUCGAAUGAUGUCGGAUAUUGGAAAGUUCAUUAUCAUUUUUCUUAUUAUCUUCUCCGGAUUCAUGUUUGGCUUGAAUAAUUUGUUUUGGUAUUAUAGCAAAGAUGUACGAGGCAAUGUCGAAGUUGAAAUGCAUGUUUAUGGAACUGAUGAUCCUCCGCUGCCUGCGGAAACAUAUUUUGGAACUAUGGGUGCGACAUUUAAAACCGUGUUUUGGUCAUUAUUCGGUCUCUCAGAAAAGAACGGUGUCAAACUAGGAAAUUACCAAAAUCGUUUUACAGAAUUGAUAGGUUACUUAAUCUAUGGAGCAUUUAACAUUGCCAGCGUGAUUGUCCUACUGAAUAUGCUUAUUGCCAUGAUGUCGAAAUCAUAUGAAACAAUUGAAGAACAUGCAGAUGUGGAAUGGAAAUUCGCGCGAAGCAAACUUUAUAUGGAGUACAUCAAAGAAGGCGGAACGUUACCUGUACCAUUUAACAUCAUUCCAACGCCAGAAAAUAUUGUACAACUCUACCAACGAAUAUGUAAUUACAAAAAGAAAUCUCCGCCUAGUUCUCCAGAUCAUAAUGGUUCACUGGAGGGUGGUAACAAUAUACCCAUUGCAGCUAACGGUCCGAGGGGGAAUGCAAAUCGUAAUGCACCGAUUGCGACUAUAUCAAAUGGUCAAACAUCGACUGUAAUGACUAAUAACGUUGUCGGACGUCGAAAAUCGUUUGAUCUUAAUCAAACAUUAACUUAUCGUAAAGUCAUGGAACGUGUCAUCAAGCGUUUUCUUUUACACAAACAACGGGAAGAACAAGAUGAAAUUCGUGAAGGUGAUUUCGAAGAACUCAAACAAGACAUUCAAAUGUUACGCUUCGAAAUGAUGAAUCGUUUGGACGAAACACGCGAUGACCUAGCUAAAAACAGUCUUCUUCUCAAUGAAGGCGUUCUUGUUGUCGGUGAAUUAUUAUCAUCCAUCACACGAGAUACGAAUCCAUUAAUUCGAGAAAAUUUUCAUUUGUUCAAAACGAACUUUCAUACAACUUUACACAAAAUUCGAUCAAUUGAUAGUAGCAUGGAAUCAACAGAUACUACGGCGACAACAACAACAUCAUCAAUGCCAAACAUUACAAGUGCUGUGCAAGCAGAAAGAACUCUCCCAACUUCAAGUUCGGCACCGAGUUUACCUAUGAGUGUUCCCAACGAAUCCAGCCUUAAUCCAAUACAAAUGAUGAAGCAACUAAGUGCAACACAUAUAACAUUAUCAAAUAUAGCUGAAGUCGAUGAAAGUCUAAAUGAAGAGCAAGUAAAAGUUGAAGAGGAAGAAGAAGUCGAAGCAAGACAUAUGUCGAUUCAAACGUCGCCAGAUAAUGAUGGAACGUUCUUCAGACUUUAA